CGCCCCGCCGUGCUCUUCCUCCGCUGCGCUAAGGUCAUCGCUGUCAUUCUGUAGCUAACCAGCAAACAGCCGAAGGAGGCGGAGGAGACCCAGCAAAGGAAGGUGCACCAAAGAACCAGCUACACUCAGCAACAUGUCUCUGUCUAACAAGCUCACCCUGGAUAAGGUGGACGUCAAUGGGAAGCGGGUCAUUAUGAGAGUCGACUUCAAUGUUCCAAUGAAGGACAAGACGAUCACAAACAACCAGAGGAUCAAGGCUGCCAUCCCCAGCAUCCAGCACUGCCUGGACCACGGAGCCAAGUCUGUGGUGCUGAUGAGUCAUCUGGGCCGCCCUGAUGGAAACGUCAUGCCUGAGAAAUACUCCCUGGAGCCCGUCGUUGCAGAGCUCAAGACCCUGCUGGGGAGGGACGUCACCUUCCUGAAGGACUGUGUGGGCCCCGAGGUGGAAGCUGCCUGUGCUGACCCUGCCCCCGGAUCCGUCAUCCUGCUGGAGAACCUCCGCUUCCACGUCGCAGAGGAGGGCAAAGGCAAGGACCCCUCUGGGAACAAGACAAAGGCCACCCAGGAGCAGACCGACUCCUUCAGAGCAUCUCUGUCCAAACUGGGAGACGUUUACAUCAACGAUGCUUUUGGCACGGCUCACAGAGCCCACAGCUCCAUGGUGGGAGUGAAUCUGCCUCAGAAGGCGGCUGGAUUCCUCAUGAAGAAGGAGCUUGACUACUUCGCCAUGGCUCUGGAAAAACCUCAGAGGCCCUUCCUGGCGAUCCUCGGAGGAGCGAAGGUGAAAGAUAAGAUCCAGCUGAUCAACAACAUGUUGGAUAAGGUCGACGAGAUGAUCAUCGGCGGCGGCAUGGCUUUCACCUUCCUCAAAGUCCUCAACAACAUGGAGAUCGGUACCUCCCUGUACGAUGAGGAGGGCGCUGGCAUCGUCAAAGACCUGAUGGCCAAAGCUGAGAAGAACAAGGUCAAGAUCACGCUGCCCGUCGACUUCGUCACUGCUGACAAGUUUGAUGAAAAGGCCGCGACCGGCACUGCAACCGUUGCUGCUGGCAUCCCUGCUGGCUGGAUGGGUCUGGACUGUGGGCCGGAGAGCUCCAAAGCCUACGCGGAGGCGGUCGGCAGGGCCAAGCAGAUCGUGUGGAAUGGUCCGGUCGGCGUGUUUGAGUGGGACAACUUUGCCAAAGGGACGAAGAACCUGAUGGACAAAGUGGUCGAGGUGACCAAAUCUGGCUGCAUCACAAUCAUCGGUGGGGGUGACACGGCUACAUGCUGCGCCAAGUGGAACACAGAAGACAAAGUCAGCCAUGUCAGCACAGGAGGCGGAGCCAGCCUGGAGCUGCUGGAGGGUAAAGUCCUGCCAGGUGUGGACGCCCUGAGCAACGCUUAAACCUUGGUCAGCUGGAGGCGUGUGUGUGUGUGUGUUUGUGUGUAUGAGAGGUGGUUAGCUGCACAGCCAGACUCCUGUUUACUCCCAGAACAUCCCCGAAAUGAGAGAGACAAACCCCAUCUUUACCUCGCAGCCUUUUCCUGUACGUUUUUUGUUUUUUGAAGAUGUGACUCAGAGGAAAAUGUCACCUCACACCUGCUGUCAUUAAUAAGUAGAGAGCCCUGCCUUACUUCAUGCUUCUUACAGUCGCUCUGCUGGGAGUAGGAGCCUUUACUUAACCGUUAGAACAAAAGAGCAGACUCGUUAAGGUGGAAGUCUCUUUCUGCUCAAACGCACCAAACGGCCUCUGCAGUGAAUUGGGUUCGAACAGCAGGAGGCGCCCUGCUUCACCUCUGAAACUUCACCUCUGAAACUUCAGCGCUGGCUCUUGUGUAAAUCUGUUUUGCUGCGUCACUUUUGCCUCCCUGAGAACGUCACUGCACCGUCGAGUGUGUGUACAUGCAGUGUAUAUAUUAAUAUAUAGAGAGAAACGGUAACUUGGUGUGUGUGUGUGUGUGUGUCUGUCUAGAUGCUGUUAUUGUCUGUUGGCACUAACGUCCUCUGUGGUGGUUGUUGGUUUGGAGCGGUCUCAGCUGAUCUGUUCAGGCUAAUAAAACCGUCUGUGUAAAAACU